AUGAGCUCCCCAACCACCAAAAAGGCGCUUCGCAUCGGCGUCAUGAUGGAAGGUGUCCAGUUGAGCGACAUCAUGGGCAUCGACAUCCUCGGCAACCUCUCUGAGACGUACAUCAACGCCGUAAUCUCACUGGACCCUUCCGGAGAAAAAUACAAAGAACAGGCCAUUCCCAUGGAAUUCUUCUACAUAGCCACCACACUUGAUCUCGCCUUCAUGACGCCGUCUGUCAUGAUCAAGCCCAAUGUCACCUACGACGACUGUCCCCGAGAUCUCGACAUCGUUCUUACCGGCGGUUCGCUUCCUUCGACGCGCACACCGGAGGCGACCAAGUUCAUCCAAGAGGCGUACCCCAAGGUCCCGGUCUGGUUCACCACUUGCAUCGGUGCUAUGUGGAUUGCAGAGGCCGGCGUCUUGAAGGGGAGCAAGGCUACCACGAAUAGGGGCUCCCUCCCGAUGGCGCGAAAGCUCCAUCCCGAAGUUGAAUGGCUUGAUCAACGAUGGGUCGUAGAUGAGAAGCCCUAUGAUGGUUUGGAUAGGAAGGGUGAGCUGUGGACAUCUGGAGGAGCCGGUGCCGGGAUGGACAUGAUUGCACACUACUGCUUGGAGAAGUUUGACCCCGAAUUUGUCAAUGAAAUUUCACUGGUACCACUAGAAUUCGAAGUGAAUCGCAGCAUUGGACAGUUCUACAACGCCUAG